GGAAAAAGUUAUCUAUACAUGAUGUACUUAUUAAAGUCCAUCACAUCAUUUCAACAGUUUCCCGAUCCAGAAUUUCAACAAGUUCUAAAUUUUAUCAAAGGUAUAUUUAAAGGCUAUUUUAAAAUAUUAAUAAUAUACACUAUGGAUAUACGAAAAAAAUUCUUAUUUUUGAAAACUUCUGAAACUUUUUUUUUUUUCUUUUCAAUUUCACUGUGCAUGUAUAUUCAAGAAAUUAGUGGUCAGUUAGAAAUUAAUUUAGACUGCUUAUGUGUAUUUAAGGUACUUUGGUUGUCUAUAUAAAAUAAUAUAGUGAUUAUGUAUAAGCAAAGAAGCUUUAAAGAGAUUUAGGUUUGGAGUGCAUUACGGGGGGGUGAGGAGGGAUUGAGAAGAGACACAUGAAAAAUACAGCACAGCUAAAUCACAGGGAAACACAAUAACAGAGCUAGCAUAUUACAAGAACAGUUAUACAUAAUGUUGCACAAUGAAAUAAAAUUUUAACUAUGUUUUUUAUUGAGAAGACUAUCGGAUCGGAGUCCAUGCUGAGAUUCUGUUGUGCACACAUGGACAGCAGGACUAUUAGGUGUCUUUUUUUCACCACAGCAUGGAUUCACUCAAUGCUGCUAUAGUUGCUAUAAGUGUGACCACAGAGCUGUUUGUGGAGGAACUGGAACCUCACAUAGAAACACUGCUGACUGCGGUACACGGGAAGAGCAGCAUAGCUGAGCAGGUGGUAGAGAGUGGCAUUCUGCCGGUUCUGGCUCAGGCCUUGAGGAGGAAAAGCGCCCUCACUAUACACACAGCCAGACUGGUGGCAGAGCUCUCCAGGGAGGUUUCCUUCAGCAAUAGCUGCUUUGAGACUGGAAUUGUAUCUGCUCUUCUGACUUUACUGUUCAGUGAGAAUCAGGAGCUACUGCUGCAUGUUAGCCGAGCCAUUGGGAGAAUCUGCUCUAACAGCAAUCUGCAACAAGAAAGGCUGUUGAGACUGGGUGCUCUCCCCAGCCUGGUGUCUGUGCUGCUACAGUAUUGUGAGAAUGAUGCCUUGCUGAGCUCCUGUCUGCAGGCUCUGUGUAAUCUGGCAGAUAUGGGUGAAGAGGAUGGCUCCACAGUUGUCUGGGAAAAGAAAGGACAUUUUGACAAGGAAGUGCAUGUGUUUCAUGGCACCAUGUGGCACUCGUGUGGCUUUGUGUCAGGAGCGAAAGUGGUUCAGCUAAACCAGCAGUCUCAGGGACAAUAUUUAGUAAGCAUUGAAGUGUUUCAGAAAAGUUCCACUCUCUAGGAAAGAACACAGCAGAUGACAGGCUGCCCAAACUUCUCCAGGUUUAUAAAAUAUUCUGUGAGGAAUAUUCAGAAAAACAGGAGUCAUCUAAAGACUGCAGUGUUUCACACUUUUUUUGUGAAGAUUACAACAGGUAAAAAAGGUAAAAUAGAGGAAAAAAUAAAGAGAAAAUGAUCCGACUCAGAAAAAGAGAUCUUUAUUUGCUCGUCAAUCAUGUUUCCUGUCAAGUCAGAAAGUGUUCUAACCUUGGAAACAAUGGCUAUAUGAUAUAUGAGGAGUUAUUGGGGAAAACCCCAAUUUGCAUUUCAUAUAUUUGUAUUCAAAACAGCUUUAGUUACCUUUAACUGAAUUUACUAGUAGUACUAGUAAAAAGUACUAGUAGGUGUAUUACAGUGGAACCUCGGGUUACGAGCGCCCCUGGAUACGUAAAAUUCAGGUUAAGAGUCGCAAUUCAUAAAAAAUGUUGCCUCUAGUUACGAAAUUUUUAGGAUACGAGCGUUG